CUGGGCAGCUGGCUGUUCCGCUUCAAGACGGGGUGGGGGUGCCUGGCGUGCAAGGCCGCCGGCAGGUCCGACUCCUUCGGCACGUUCACCGCCAAGGCCCAGCCGUUCGCGUUCCAGAGGCACGGCGCGAGGAGCCAGGCCCACAGGGACGCGGUCGCGGCCUUGUUGGGCAAGGCCGUGGACCCGCCUGCCCCGUCGGCAGGUGCGUUCGAGCUGGUGUUGGACCACUACCAGCAGGGCCAGGGCCGAGCAGCUGCUGGUGUCCCGACGGUCGGGAAGCGCAAGAAAGUGAGGGUGAUGGGGUUCUGUUUGGCGGAGGCGGUGCGCACCGAGCAUCGCCGUUUCCUCGCGAACGCCGAGUCCAUCACCAUCAUGCAAGAUUGUCGUGGCCACCGGCUCUUGAUGCGGUUCAAGGAAUUCAAGGGCGUGAAGUACUUCCUCACAGAGAAGGAGGCCCGGGCGUGGCUCACCGUGGUCGACAACCGCCGGACGGUGAGUGGCUUCUGCGGCUUUUAG